AUGGCAAAUGCAAACCAGAAAACUCCGAAGGGAAUCCCAGAUUUGAUUCCCAGAUUGUUGCGGCUUCCUGGACAUGACCAAAUUCAAACUGAUGCGGUGGGAAUUUUGCUCUGCUUUGAAGAGUGCAUCUGCCGCGUUGCCACAGAUCAGGAGAAGGAAUCAAUUGGCCUAGAUCAGGCCUUAUGCGCCAGGCUUUCCGAGAUGCUGACGUCCUGGCGCUGGGGACUCCUUUACGGCCACAAUCCCGACAAGAUGGCUCACCAUAUCCAAGAGAGAGUGUCUGUUGGGAAGAUCCUGGUGCUGCCCCUGCUCCAUCAUCAAGUGUUGCUGGUGGCGUACGCUGCGGACGAAGUUCCGGACGAGCUUGUCUUGCUAUGUAUCCCCACAUUGGCCCCGACAGAGAGCCGAGCAUGCUCGGGGCAAUUCGUUUCUUCCUGCAAGAAGAUGAUGGAGCACGAAUUCUUGCCACAUGGCCGGAAGGAAGCGGGAAUCCGAGUGCAGUCCCCUUGCCAGACAGCAAGGCGGAUUCACAAAACCGACUUCCUGGUCAAGGAGAAGAUGCGCUGGUUGAGUACGCUGGCCACUAGUACAACAGCCUCCUCAUCGGACGUGGAGUUCUUCCAUCAUUUCGUUUGGCCAAAUUUCCUCGGAGAACAUCUUGCAGUCCCAUCCGAGUGGAAAAUGAUGGAGCGAAGUAGUGCGGCUUUUGGACAUGUGCGAUUUGGCUUGCAGGCAUUGGUACAGCAUGUCCUCUGCCUGCCGAAGUCUGUGUACAAGCGCUGCAUGAUAUUUCUCAGCCUCUGUGCAGUCCGCCACAUUGCUCGCAACUUUGCUGUACCGAAUGGCAGCAUCGCUCGCUUGCCUCAGCCUGCUCUACAGAGAGCUGUGCAAUACCUUUCCGGCAAGGAUGCCCUCGUUUUGAUGACAACCAGCCGAUGGGACAGCUAUGCGGGCUUGGUUGACACCUGGGCUCCACCCAAGAAGCUGCUUGAAGUCGCAUCACACAGCCCAGUGUACCUGCGACGAUUGGAAGAUCUGUACUGCAGCGGUUCCCUGAUUCAUGCGAUGCAACGUAUCGCUCGCAAACUGGCCAAGCUGGUGAACACAAACGAUGGGGUGUAUGAUUUCUCCGUCGUGGUCAGUUCUGAGUUAUCCUAUCACCAGGAUAAACUGCAGAAUGAUGGCGCGCUGCUGCGCAUGACGUCAUUUCGUGAAAGAGCUGCAGAUUUGCAUGCGGCUCUCGUUGUCACAGAAGCUCGUGCGAGCACAGACUUCCAAGUUCCUGCAGAGUUGACAAAUUUCUUCAAGAGUGUGGACGGAGUUCUGCAUGGUGAAGAUGAUGCACAGAUGAGUUCCGAGCUCCCGGUUCGUCAUGCGUCCAAAACCUGGUCAAUCAACUGCAACACCCUCCCCUUUCGCGAUUUAGAUAUUGGGUAUGUGGAUUCUCUGGUGGAGUGGAUGAGUGCGGCAGCUGUCAGCGACCAUUUUCGAGUAGCGCUACUCUUUGAGGAAGCUGUCCUGAAAAUGGCGAUGUCAGCAAGCUCCUUUCAAAACUGGCCUAUGGCUUUCGGGGAUACAGUGCACACAGAAGGCUGGACAAUCAAACUUUCAACGAUGCUGGAAACAUAUGUGUCCUUCUGUUCCCAACCGAGCCAAUAUCGCAAUGCCUUGCGGCAUUCGCGCAUGGUAUUAACGGUUUGGACACUGGCUUGUAUGCAAGACUCAUUGCUCCGGAAUCAUGGCGAGGUUUCCUUCAGAUGUUUGAUGAAGGAUUUUGCCCCGCCUCUGGCUGUCCACGCCUUGGAACAUUUGCUAUUGCCCGAGAGAAGGUGGCUGGAGCUAUUGAACAGGCUUGAACGGUAUCUUUCACCUCUGAGCAGUGCGCGUCAUCGACUAUUGGUUCCAGGCCUCAACGGAAUGAAAGACUUGAAAGCUUUGGCAGCAGCCGCAGUGCGCAGGCUGCCAUUCCUGGCAGCAGCGUGGGAGCAGGAAAGGCUUGCAGUGGAGAAGCUGGAGGAGGAGCAUAGGCGGCAGCAGAGUUACAAAGAAAACUGGGCCGACGCCGUGCAGCACGAGCAGCAGCGGGGUGUGCAGCACCAGCCACGAUUCUCGAAAGAGUCUUUGCCGCGGACACGAUUGCAAGCGGAGAAUCCAGCAGCAUGGCUCGAUGGUCAGCAGCGACUGGUGAGUAGCCAGGCGGAGGCCUUGUCCAACUGGCAAGCUGAGCUUCUGUCUGUGCAAAAACCUCUUCCGUCCAAAGUGCAGGCGCUGCCCCAUUUGUGUGAGCACGAGGCAGAAGCACGGGUGAUUGUGUUCUGCGCUUACAUCCCAGAGCAGUUGGCCAGGCUGGGCAAUGCGUUCUGCUUGGCACGGCACUGCUUUGACAUGGAGGCAGGCUUUCCGCCUUCACCGCAAGAUCCGCCGCCCUUUUCCUGGCGACAGCAUUUCCAAGAGUUCUCUGCAUGCCACAAGGCGGCAGUGCGCCUCAGCAACUAUGCCAACUUCGAGCUUUUCGGAGAUUACCCGCCGACAUACCGUGACGGCAAGCAGCGCGAGAGUCACUUCUUGCCGCUAAAGGAAGGCCUUGGAAUCCACUACCCUCGCGAGGAGCUGCACGGGAUGAAGUUGUUGUGGCGAUGGCAGGGGGUACUGCUCGACCCGUUCUCAGAAGACUGGCCGCAGAAGGGCGAUGCCCCGGCAAAACUGUACUGCACAGAUGAUCUUGCAAGUGCAGAGCAGCAGCUGCUGGUAUCGCCGGCUGAGAAUCUUGUCCUGUCACUGAUGCCGAAGCCCUUGGAAGACUUGAGCAAGGUCACCUACAGAUCGUUGGGGUUUGUGAGUGCCGAGCUGCACAUUAGAAGGCUCUUGCUGGCUCUGCACAAGGAGGAGCUUCCGUUGCAACACCCGCUCGUCUUGGGUGUGUGCAAGCAGGUGUUGUUCCGUGCUGGUCCACUAGAUGAACCGACUUGCUUCCUGGGACGAAGCUGCAAGGCCGACUUGGAGGAAUUUGCAUCUUGGGAAUGUGCGGCAUGUUUACAGGAGCAGGCACAAGCAUUGAGGAUACAGGGAGGGCCUGUCGAUGCAUUGGUGUGCCUGAUGACAUGUGCCGGCUACCUGGCGCAGUUCGAUUGCUCCAGGAAAUGCCCCGACAAUGCUCAGACGGCUCGAAAAGCUUUUCGGCUGUGCCAAAAUUUGCUUUUGUCCUGGGCCGGGGAGACAAGCAGACAAGGACAAUCUUCAGCACGUGUGGCUUCGAUGCUGAUGGCUUUCGUGCAGUCCUUUCGUUAUGUGCCCCAGGGCCAUCUCUCAAUUGGUGAAGCAGGUGAUGCUGUCAAGUUGGUACGCGCACGAAUUGACCUGGAGAACUGUUUGGCCGUCGGAAACCAGAAACUCAAAGAUGCCGACUUAGCCGCAGUGGAGGAGGUGUGCGUUCUCCAUGAAUGCCAGCUUACAGCUCCGGCCGUUCUGGACAGCAUCCUAAAUGUGUUCCUGCCCAGCCAAAAGCCAGUGUCUGAAUGGUCUUUUCCUCAAGUGGACUCUGCUUGGUUGAGCACAUGGCGUGAAGUCCGAACUACCUGUGGAACCGUGCUUGUGGAGCCUGCGCGAGGUCGUUUGCUUUUCAACGGCUUGCCAGUUGGGGUCUUGCCAAAGGAAAUCCGUGAACAUGGAAUGUUCUCUUACAUCGUGGGUCAAGCUGACUCCCCAGCCUGGUCCCUCAAAAACCGGCUUUUCGAAACAGCUCCGUUGAACUCGCACGGAGGCAAAACAUUCAGACUGUGUUUGCUCCCGAACGGAGAGCUGCUCGUUCAGGAAGCAGGUCAGAAGAGUCGCACUCUCGUGCCCUCGCGAUGCCUUCCGAAGGGCUUUCGACGAGCAUUGGUGACUGACUACUGCCACUGGGUAGAUGAUGAGGAGACCUGCAUUGACUUCAGGCCCGCCAGGAACAAUGCAGAUCCCAAGAGGACGUACCGAAUGCUCCUGCAGGACGCGCAGACUUGCAAGCUAGUGUGCUCCCAGCAAGGCACAGACUUUUAUGUUGUUCCGGCCUCCGAGCCGCGGGUGCAGCGUUUGGCAGACCUUUUUGGCAGAGUCGAGCCUGAUGAAUGGGUUGAGUAUUUGGCAGAUGUCGGCGGCUGCUUGAAAGAGAUUCACUUCUUGCGCUUGGACCUCAAGUUCAAGAUUGAAUCAUCGCAGAAGCCGGAUACAGGCGAAGGAGUCUUCCUCGAGUCUUUGGACUUUCCAGGAUACCGCUUGGCCUCAAGGCAAGUAUUGAACACGCUCUGUGGCUUUGAGGGAUUCUUUCUGCUGGAGAAGAUGUGUGUGAUGGAGGGGCUAGCAUCAGCUUCACCGGGCCUCGUGCUUCUGCCAGAUGGCAUUGUGAAGGUGCGAAAUCUUGAGCAUGGACGUGCCUCCGGCAAUCCCUUGAUCCGUUGCGGCAUGGACUUUCCCGAUGAAGAGAGGUGCCGGAAGUAUGCCACAUUCGAGAUCCACUGGGAAGAUGGCCGUAUGAAAGUACAAACGACCGCUGCCCGCCUUCAGCUUGCAUGCCUGCUGUGGGCCACAGGCACUCCAGUACCCCAGAAGCUUUCGGGCCGUCCGGCGCGAACAGAGGCCCUGGACUUGCUUCGGCAGUGUUUCCAGAAUCUGCCCUACGACGAGGAAGAGCGGGCUUGGCUGGAUCAGCUGGCCACGCUGGCGAACAAUUCCAGAAACACCAAAGGGCUGCAACUAAAGUUUGUGCUGCGAGAACUGUCGACAACUAUGAAUGAGAAGUUGAGUGUCCUGCCGGCAGCCAUUCGCUCGUCGAGGUUGAGCAUUGCGAAAGAAGACAUCGCAUUGUUCUUCAUGGGUGCGGCACGGAAGCGUGGCCAGGGAGAGGAGUGGUGUUUGCUGACUCCACGUGAGUGUGAGGAACUUGGCAACAAACCGGAGGUCAGGAUCACGGAGGCUACGCAUGCAAUCAGUGCUUUGAAAUUUGCAGAGAUUGCGACGAUCUCACCAAAAGUGUUUCCAGAUCUGCGGACUGUUCGACGGGGGCUCCAGGACAUCGCGAAUGGCAGUGCCUGGAGCAUUGCGACAUUUCCUUGGUGUUACGAGCCCAAGGGUGGAGGGCCCGCAGGCACGGGCUGGCAUCAGGAGCUGCCGGAUCGCUCCUGCCUGCUCUUUUUGUGGCACAUCGCGAAAUCUGCGAAGCCAAUACUCGGGAAGGAGCUCCGAUGGCGGUUGGGGUAUGCUGCCAUCUCCGACGAACCAGAGCUGCGGUGGCACGUGGCACUGGCUUGCGCGGUGUCCCUAUUCCCUGACGACUUCAUGUCGCCACCGAGCUGGGCGCAUGGAGCGCUCAGGCACGAAACAGCACUGACGGAUGCAGGUGUCAUCAGGGCCUACCUUUGCUCCGAAAGGGUCAUCUUCCGAUCCGAGGAUGACUGUCGGCACUUGGCAAGGCCCACCGAAGCUGAAUGUGUGAAAUGGCAACAAUUGAAGCAGCAAGAAAUUUCCGAGAAGCGUCGGUUCCCCGCAGAGACCAAACGCCUUGAGACAGAGGGUCAGAAACUUCAGAAGGCCACGACCGACAUCAACGCCACAGCAGCGUCGACAGCACAAGAGCUCCAGCAGACCCGUCAGAAACUCGAGGAGUUCCAGAGGGAGACUUGCAUGCACUUCGCAGACCCCAGCCUGGAGGGUCAAGCAGAUUUGGAGUUGGCCCAGAAGCAGAGGGAAGUUUUGGAGAAGAGUGUGGCAACCCUCCAGUCGAAGAAACAAGACCUGGAUGCUGAGCAAAAGCAGUUGUCGCGCCAGCUGGAUGUUCACUCUGCAGAGACGCGGAAGUUAGCAGAAGACCAAGAGAUGUUGGCCCAGCGCAUUGCAAAGAUGGAGGCUGAUCGCAAGACAAGGCUCGAGGGUAUGGCUCGUCGUUAUGCCUCUGAGGAGCAGGAAUCAAAGAAGAGGUUCGAAGAAGAACUUAAAAGCGAGUGUGCAAUCUAUGAAAGCAACGUGGGCAGCAAGCCCCACAUCCGGACUCGGAUUGCUCCGGAUUGGGAAGCAUUUCAGGAUGAGAUGCUGCAACAUGAGAGGACCGCCCAUGAAUUCGGCAGGAGGCGCCUUCGCAAGCUUGAAAGUCGUGCUGAAGGCCGAACAGACAGCUCUCUCCCCACAUUGCUGCGCCUGCUGGUGGAAUGGUUUCGAAGCUAUGCCGGAGAUGAUUGGCAGAGCUACCAGAAGGAAGAGGAAGGACAGCUUUGGAGGCACAUCCAGCAGUUGAGCCCUUAUCGCAAAGCUAAUGCAGGGGAGGCUGAAGAAGUUGAAGAUGCUUGGAAUGCAGUGGCAGCGGAGCUGGAAGCUUGGAUAGCGAGUGGCGAAGCUGACUUCGCUUCCGAUUCCACGCCCGCCUUUUGCCUCGAAGACGUGCCGCCUGGUGGACUCAGCUCUUUGCGAGGGCUUCGGGAUGUGAUGAGCAAGCUCAAACUCAGGGAGGAGGCGCAGUCAACCUUGCUGCGCAAGCUCGAUAUCAACCUUCUGUUUUGGUUGCGCCAGCGCUUGGCGGCUCGGUUGGAAGAGUCCUACGCAACGGCCUUGUCCAAGCUCAGGCAGCUUCCGCUUUGGGACUUCUCUGGCAGUCUUGCAUGCCCUGCUCGAGCAGUGGCAAGGCCCCUGCGCAGAGUUGAUGUGCCUGACCUCGACAUGCCGGACGUGCGCAGCCUGAGUCGCCACAUUGUCGACAGCCUUCAUGAAGCCUUCUCGGAGGCUACUUGUGCAAGCUCGGCCACUGAGCCUUUGAAGCUGCAGCUCCCAACGGGCUCGAGUGGCUCGUUACUACAAAAUCGCUUGUCUCAUGGUGCCGGGCGAAAGCUGUACGAAUGUUUGCAGGAGAGCUGGGAGGCAGAGUUUGAGCGACCGCAACAAGCAGAAAGGCUGGCGCAGGCAGUGCUGAGCACACCGGAAUUUCGCAGGUGCCUGGCAAAGGUGGUUCUCGAGGAAGCGGUGCACCUGCACGAGGUCACUGACCAGCUCUGGGUGAAAGUCUGUGACACGAUUUCGGUUGAUUGCAUUCCAGAUGAUGCAGCCGGACAUGCCUUUCGGGCUCUGCAGGCCACGUUUGCUGCUGGCAUAACAAACCGCAAGGAUGCUGUGGCACUGCUGUCAAAGCCCCCGGGAGAGCCUUAUACGUGGAGGCACCUAGCUGCACUCAACCCUUUUCUCCAAAAGGUUGAAGAGGCUUCCGGCGCACUCCCCCAGUGGACCGUGGCAAGAGGCAGCGAGGUGCCGACGAAGUUGAUUGGCUACCUCAAAAGCAUCGUUCAGCUGCAGGGCCUCUCAACCCGCAUGUGCAGAAUGGCAGAGGAACUCGGCAAGCCCCAUGUUGGAGCAACAUUGCAAAGGGCAGUCGCAGAUUUGCUGCAGCCGUCGAAACACGUUACUGACCGGGGAGACUGGCUCCAGCUGGAGUGGGAGCAAGGAUUCGUUUGCAGACCGGUGCAGUUGGAGGUCGCUGCCGCAAUGAUGGAAAAGUCCUUCGACCGGCAGGUUCUGCAGUUGAACAUGGGAGAAGGCAAAAGCAAGGUGAUCCUGCCCCUGCUUUGCACCGCCGUUGCAGAUGCCCGGCAGCUUGUUCGGGUAGUGGUUUUGAGUUCGUUGCUUCAUGCUUCUGUUGAUCACCUGCGGCAAGUUCUUGGCGGAAUAUCCGGCCGAAGGUUGUACCUCCUGCCGUUCGAUCGAAGCAAGCAGAUAAGCGAACAGUCCGUCCGAGCGAUGAGCGCACAACUGCACGAGUGUCGGAGGUUGGGUGGGGUUCUGCUGAUGACGGAGGAGGCCGUCAAAAGCCUACAGUUGAAGCUGCGCGAGUGCUGCCUCAAUGUCAAGAACGCAAGCUCAGCAGUUCGGCAAAAAUUUGCCGGACUCUUUUCGGGUGUCCUGCACUCUGCAGUGGACAUCUUCGAUGAAGUUGAUGAAGCCUUGCGACUGAACAACGAACAAAUCUACACCCUUGGGGCCAGACAGGCCUUGGAUGGGGAAAGCAUGCGAUGGCGAGUGCAGUUCGAAGUUUUCCGUUUGCUGAAGGACAACCCAGAAGCGAAGAAGGUCAUGCAGAAGCUUUGCGACUCUCAUGCCGUGGAGUCAGCUGCAGCGAACCCCAACACCGGCGCAGAAUUCCCUCGCCUGCGCUUCGUUCAAGUACCGCGAAGCAGCCGUCUUUGGGAGCAUUUGGCUUCUGCCCUUUGCGGAGGCCUGCUGCAAUCCCAGAAGUCUUCAACAAAUCGACUUCGGAGUCUUGGUGGCCUGCCGCCAUCCAUCCGUAAACAAUUGCAGACUUUCAUCUUGGACGCUGAGCUUCCCCAAGAGCAGUUGGAGGCGAUCCUUCAGUCGGCCCUGUGCUCUGAUGGCGCGGUGGAUACCACUGCGUUGCGGAAUGCUGUCUUGACAGCUCGAGGGCUGUUUGCUGGAGAUGUGUUACGAGCCUCUCUGCACAAGCGACACCGGGUGGAAUUCGGGGUGGACAACACCACCCAUCGCUGCAAGAUGGCUAUCCCGUUUCGUUACAAGGAUGCCCCCAGCGAGCGAACCGAGUUCGGCCACCCCGACAUGGCCAUUGCUUUGGCGCUCCGCGCAUACUACGAGCAUGGGCUCAACCGGAGCCGCUUUCGUGAGCUGGUUCGCCAUGUGGAGGAGCUCCCUGCAGUCCAGCAGGAGGAGCUGUACCACGACUGGUUGAGGGCAGCAGUACAGGAGGUUGAUACGCGUCCAUCAGCGGGUGAGACGCUUGAGGAAGCAGUUGCUAAGCGACUUGGUCUUCCAAAGACUUCAUCUGGCCUUGUUUCACAUGAUGAGCGCAUGGUGGACCUGUUGUGGAAGCAGCUGGCUUCGAACAUGCGGGUGGUGGAGACAUACUUGGAGGAGAUCGUUUUUCCUGAGGAGACACGCCAGUUUCCUCACAAGGUGUCUGCCAGUGGCUGGGACUUAGCUGCCGGGCGAUUGCGGGGGUUCUCGGGAACUGCAGACAACAGGCAGGUGCUGCCGCUGGGGGUUUGCCAGCACGAGCCUCAGUAUUUGCGGCACACGGAUGGACAUGCGCUCAGAUGUCUACUUGAUCCUUGUUUGGCAGGGCCUGCGCCAGUAGUAUCGCUCAACGUAACAGAGGCGAUGGACACACUCCGUAACAUCCUUGCAAGUUGUGCCGGCAGCGAGCGCGUGUCAGUUCUGAUCGACUGCGGAGCCUUCCUAACAGGCCUCUCCAAUCGCCAGGUUGCAGAAGCAUGUUUGGGCAUGAACGCAUUGGAUUGCAAAGCGGUCAUCUUUUUCGGGGAUGAUGGCAAGACACGGGCCCUCGACAGACAGGGAAGAGAAUUCAUGUUGGCCGAAAGCCCGCUUCAGCCUGCAGAUGAGGGGGUCUUCACGUAUCUUGAUGACCAGCACACCCGUGGCACGGACCUGGAGUUCCGGGGGAAGGCUGUUGGCGCAGUGACUGUUAGCCGCAAGAUGACGAAGGACCGCCUGAUGCAAGCAACAAUGCGGAUGCGCUCCCUGGGCAAGGGCCAGACAGUGGUCUUGUUCUUGAACGGUGAAGCACACAGGCAGCUGAUCCACGAUGCCGCACUCCCAGAAGCUGCACCUGUCUCCACGGAGCUUCUGCUGAGCUGGGUUUUAUCCAACACUGCGCAGCAGCUCCAGGCAUCGAUUCCACUCUGGGCCUUGCAAGGAGCCAGCUUUGCCACCCGUGAGCCCUUCCUGCGACAGAUCGCUGACGAUAGCUUCAGAGCCGGCAAAGCGUCUAAGAACAUUGAAAAGUUGUGUUUGGAGCCGGAGGCCUUCCAGCUGUCGGGCUAUUGCCAGCCUUUAGCACCAAGGCCUGCCCAGGAGGAGAUCCCGAUGCGCGUGCUGGCCGUUCCAACAGCCACAUUGGAUGCGGCAGGCCUAUCAGAUGUGGAAGCAAAGCGCUGCAAGCAGGAAGCGGAGAGCAGGAUUGCAAAGCAGCUUGAGUACCUCCACAACAAAGGCCUUUUGGGAAGGGAGACAGUGCUAAUCUCGUCAAUGGAUGAGGAGCAGGAGCGAGAACGUGAGCAGGAGAAAGAACGCGAGAGGGAGGUGGAGGUCGAGCAAGAGGUCUGCAGAGAAGCUCCCAAACCUCAAGCAUUCACGCCGUUGGAUGAGCAGGACUGGGAUUGGAGCAAGGUCCUGGAGCCGGAUUUUGUUUCCAAGUGUUUGGCUGGGAUGCCUGGACUUCCAGCGCUUCAUGCCAUCUCCGCACAGGUGUUCGAGAAGAAAUGCCUGCCUCUUCCACCUCUGCAAGGAUUGAGCAGCAUGCCGAAGAACUUCUGGGUCACCAACAAUUGGCUCUGCAGCAUCGCCCCGCACAGCCGCGGCACGGAGUCUACACAGUGCCUUCGGCCGGUGGAUGUGUUCCUCCUAAUCAAGCAGGCGUCGGAGCGAGCUUUUCCAGAGUUCUUUCCGCGUGGCCACCCAUUUAGUUUUAGCUGCGAACCUGGCGCUGCGCUUCCACAGGAGUGGGUGGUGCUGCUGUCAGGGGCCGAGGCUUCCAGGCUCUUGCCGGUGAUGCGGGGUUCGCACCGCCCAGGUGGGCGAUCCCGGGCUCACGAGGUCACUUCCCUCGCGGUGCAAAUCUGCCACCUGCACGACCCCGGUGUGGCCAUGGCUGUUUGCCCUUGGGGUGAGCCAAGGCACGUUAGCUUCCACAUCAGGGCACUUCUCAAGUUGCUGAACGGAGAUUGUGGUUAUUGGCCAGAAGAGCGCGCAGUGCUGGCUAAGUUCUUGGGGAUUCUGGAGCCAUGGGCUUUGCAGGGUCAAGUUGACUCAUGCGUUUCGGAACGGACGUGUCGAGAAGUAUGGGACCUUCUGAGAGACAAGCAAAUUCUGAGCUGGAAUGGGUUCGUCAAGCGGCCUCUUCUUUCCAGUGACUUGCAUUCCGAAGCAAACUCCGGGGAAGUCGGUGUAGUGCCUCCAUCUUCCGAGUUGCAGCUACUCCAUCUUCUGAAGGUGUUUUGCAGAGGUGAUGGGAUCUCAAAUCCCAAGAAGCUCGUAGAAGAGCUAGUGAAACUUCGGCUGCAGACCGAUUCCUAUCGCAGCUCGAGCUUGGAGGACCUCCUGGCGCUGGCGCUUUGGGAAGAUGCCAAGGCUGCCGGCUUUGGGAAGGAUGUCAUUACCAGCAGUGCAGCGGUGGCUGCUUUAGCAAAAUGCAGCCAAUGGCGGCAAAGCUUGAGGCUGCUGCAAAGUCUACAUUCGUCGUCGGUCCAGCGUAGUGCUUUCGCAUACAAUUCCGGCUUGUCCAGCUGCGUCCGCGCCGGUGUCUGGAAGCAGGGACUGCAGCUUUGCAGGGCAAUGCACCGAUGGACGAUCGAGAUGCAAAUAGUUACCAGAAAUGCAGCAACCGCACUGUAUCGAGAGAUUGGAAACUGGCAAGCUGCAAUCCACUGCGUGUGCGAAGCAGCACAGUCAGCCUUGCAGCUUACGUCCAUAAGCUACAACUCGCUCAUGAGCUGUGGAGGCAACACGUGGCAAUCCGCUGUCGAGCUGCUUCGAGAUGCUCAUCUUCGCGACAUUGAGUGUGACACGGUGUCAUGCAACACCGCCGCCUCAACUGCAAAGGAGACCUGGACCUCAGCUUUUGCGCUUCUUCACACGGCGCACUCACGAGGCAUCCGUCACGAUGCAAUUACCAUGGGGAGUGGCGCCGAUGCCUGCACACUGUCAAGCUGUUGGCAUGAUGCCCAGCAGCUGCUACACACCGCGCGAGGGAAGGACAUCCGCAUUGACGUGCUCGGAUGCUGUGCUCUUGCCGCAGCUUGUGAAGCUCGCGGUCAGUGGAAGCUGGCUUUGGUUUCUUGCAGGCGAAGUGAUGAACAAGGUAUGUGGACGGACACGGCCCUGGCAGGGGCGGGGAUUACAGCCUGCAGCUCUGCCAACCGCUGGGAGGCUGCUACGAAGCUCAUGUUCCACAACAUGCUGGAUUGGUCAUUGGAGGUUGAUGUGAUAUCUUUCGGGGCGGCAUUGCAUGCAUGUGAAUUGGGCGGAUGCUGGCACUCAUCUUUGCGAAUUGUCGAGCUCAUGGCUGCAGUUGGAAUCCGGCAGAACGUAGUGGUGCUCGGGGCUGCGAUCUCAUCAUGCAGGUGGGCGUCCAAGUGGCGAUGGGCCACACGUCUGCAAUCGGAGGCGCGGUUCCAGCCAGGACAAGUCCUUUUCAAUGCUCACAUGGGUGCUUGUGCCAGCUCGUCGCAAUGGAGGGAGGCUCUCACCUGUUGCCUUAAGGCUGAAUGCCAGUCACUGGUACCGGACAGCAUUGCUUUGAGCACUUUGGCUACGGCCUGCGGCUCUCGUGGAUACUGGGCUUUGGCGAUGGCCGUGGAUCAAAGGAAAGGUGAACUGGCGGCAUGGCAGGUAUCGGAUGAGACAUCCCUCGGAGCUUUGGUCCACGCCAUGUCGAACUCUUGGCAGUGGCCUAUUGCAGGGCUUCUGCUUGCCGAGGCUGGCAAGGGAGACCUGCGACCAGAUGCUGUGAGCCUUCAGGAGGUGGUCGGCGCUUGCGCGAAAAGUGGAGCUUUUUCCGUUGCUAUCGACCUUCUCCGAAGCACUAGAGAUUUUCUUCAUGCCUACCAGCAGUCUCCGAACCACGUCUACCCGCAGAUGCACAGUUGGAAAAAGGUGAGUAGCCUGCAUGGGUCAAAAAAGGCUUGGUCCCUGAUGUUCCUUCAUGCGGGGUUUCUGCCGCGAGGUUAG